UUUCUCUUGUGAAAAUGCGGUUUAUAACGAAGCUAGUCCCUCUUGUGACAAUGCGAAUGCUGAGGAGGUUAAGAAUAUAGGCGAAAUGCAGUAUGAUUUUUCUUUGUUGAAAGUUGGUUAUACAUUUGAUUCAUGGGAUGACAUUGAUUCUUAUUUUAAAGCUUAUGGUCAAUAUAGUGGGCAUCGAUCUUUCGGAUAUGAGUUUGGUGGAAAAUAUGUACCCAAGAAAAGUAUUGAUAUUAAUGUUCACCGUAACAAACGAUCAAAGCAUCAAGGUCAUGAACUCCAUCCUGAACAAU